GAGGGAAUGAACAUGAGCCUGUCGGACGUACGGCGCAGAGGGCCACUAUGACCCCUGCAGUGACCCCGAAGAAGAGACCUCCGCCUCCCCCUGGACUGCUAAUGAUUGGUCAUGUGCAGCAUCUACAGGAUGAUUGACAGCUGCUCCUCCUGAACCCCAGGAUGCCUGUGGUGCCAGUGGGCGGGACAUCCUCCUCCCACCACGUCGUACCUGUCGCUCUCACCUGCUCCUGGCUGCUCCUGCUCUUCCACGCCGCCUUUGGACAGAAACCUGCCAAGCUGCCUCUGAUUGGCCGGAAGCCUUUCAUCGCUGCCUGGAAUGCCCCGUUGGACAUGUGCACCAUCAAAUACAAUGUCACCACCAACGCUGACCGCCUCUUCCACAUCCACGGGAGCCCACGUGCUGAUUGGACGGGGCAGAAUGUUACGAUUUUCUACGCCAACCGGCUGGGCUACUAUCCCCACUACACGCCGCAGGGCACCGCUGUGCAUGGCGGCCUGCCGCAGAACUGCAGCCUGGACCAGCACCUGUUCAAGGCCUACCAGGACAUCAACCACUUCAUCCCCUCAGAGGACUUCCGUGGCCUGGCCGUCAUUGACUGGGAGUUCUGGCGGCCUCAGUGGAGCCGAAACUGGCACAAGAAGGACAUCUACCGACGCAAGUCGAGGGAGCUGACCGCCAAAGCGUAUGUCAACGUGACAGCAGCACAGGUGGAGGAGCUGGCACGGCGGCGGUUUGAAAAGAGCGCCAAGGCGUUCAUGCAGAGGACUAUCCAGCUGGGGACACGCCUUCGCCCCAACGGCCUCUGGGGUUUCUACCUCUACCCCGACUGCCACAACUACAACCUGCACGAGCAGAACUACACGGGCUUGUGCCCUCUGCUGGAGAGGCUGAGGAACAACGAGCUGCAGUGGCUGUGGAACAGCAGCACGGCGCUCUUCCCCUCCGUUGCGAUCAGGAAAACUCACACCAACAGCAUCAGCAACCUGCACUUCUCCCAGCACAGGAUCCGAGAGUCGCUCCGCAUUGCCUCACUGACCUCCAAGGAGUACGACCUCCCCACUUAUGUGUACCUGCGGCUGGGCUACCGAGACGAGGCCCUGGCCUUCCUCACCAUGAAAGACUUGAUCCACACCGUCGGGGAGAGCGCUGCUCUGGGAGCUGCAGGAUUCGUCAUCUGGGGGGACCUGAACCUGACCUCAUCCAGGCAUAACUGCACCAAGGUGAAAACCUUCCUGAGCCACCGCCUCGGCCUGUACAUCACCAACGUGACACGUGCCGCUGAGGUCUGUAGUGACUUCCUGUGUCAGGGGAACGGCCGCUGCAUCCGUCGGGACCCCCUCGCCCAUCAUUACCUCCACCUGAGUGCCUCCAGCUAUCACAUCCGGCCCACUGACAACGGGGACUUUACUGUCACUGGGUGGCACUCGCAGCACGAACUGGAGCUGCUGACGGAGAGGUUUCGCUGCCACUGCUACGAAGGCCACGAGGGCGAGCGCUGCGACAGCAUCAACAAAGUGAAGGAGGAUGACGGGCCAUGGAGGGAGGAGGAGGAGGAUGAGCAGGAGAGGCGGAGGACAGAGUGGGAGGAUGAGCAGGGUGAAGGGUGGGAGGGAGGGGAGAGUGAGGCGCCGCUGAUCGGCUGCAGCCUUCACCUGAUGGUGCUGAUGCUCCUGUUGAACUUAUGGUUAGUAAAGACGGUCGUAUGAUGCACUCUGACUAAAGGAGGAGUCACAGAUGUUACUUUUCAACACACAGACAGACAGACAGGUCGUUGGUUGGAUGUGAACUGAGAACGUAACCGUUUCACCCGAUGCACCAGCAGCAGCAGCUGCUUUCAAAGAUUUACCAAAUGUAUCCAUGAAUCUAGUGAAAGUUUUUUACUAAACAAUUAUCAUUUUUGCCGCUUCCGUUUUUGCCCAAUAACACAAACUAACUGAUGGAGGCAGCAGGAGACCAGCAGCUCCUGUGUUCAGCAAUGUUAAAUUACUGUUUUUCAAUGGAGUCUGGCUUUGAAGAGAGCGAUAUAACGGCUUCAUUUUCCUGUUGGAAAUCGCUUUCUUAAAUUAAGUUAAAGCAAUGAAAGAAUUCUAAACAUAGCGUACACUUUAACUGAUAACGAUUUCUUUAGGUGCCUGAAAUACGUUUUGUUGCUGACCCCUCCACAGCAGCACAUUGCUUGGCUUCUGUGUCAGUACUUUGGCCUGCUUCUCCAAACUGGGGCAUGCCGACUAUCAUCUACUGUAAGUACCUCAUACAGUCCCACAAAAAAAGAUCUGAACUAUCUCUUUAACAUUCAGCUGCUGAGUGAGAGAGAAACUAUUAAAGUGAACGGUGUUCAAUGUGAACUCAAAACAGCUGCUGCGUUGAAAAGUAACACGUGUAAAAAAAAGGAGUGUGAUGGCACUUUACAUGACAGGACAUGAGGUUUGGCAUGUUGACAGAUGAAGGUUUGGUUGACUGUAAUUCAGUACAAUCAGGUGAACUGUAAUUAACCUCUGCAACAAUCGGCACUGCCUCAUUCGCCAACAACUGCACCCGUUCUUCCGAGAAUCUUAAUUAGUAAUUGUUGAACUGUGGACUGAGUCACCUCCUGCAAAGACUCGAUCAUCCAGCGUCACCGCAGAGCCGAUGGUCUGAUCAGAGGGAUCGUGUUUUAACUGCUCGCUGCAGGAUGACUCUCUAAUUUGUUUUGUGGAGACACAACAGCCAAAUCAUUCAAUAGAAACCAAAGAGUGCUACUACCACUCAGUCAUAUGUAGGAAAAUAAUCACUAACAUUUGGGGGGUUGGUUUGUGGUGGUUUUGAUUUCAGAUGGCACAAAACUUGUUUUCCUCCUCAACAAUAAGCUCUUAUUUUACUUGACAUUAUACAUGAAGUGUGUAUUUUUUAUUUUAUUUUUUUGUACUGUUGCUUACAUCAUACUCUCGAAAUACAGCAUGUCAGGAAACGCCACAUAUUUGAGCCUGUUGGGACGCGGCGUGCACAUGUUGUAGGUGCUAAUGAUUUCAGAAUAUUAUGUAUCUGUGUCCUCUCUAUAUCGAUAUAAGUAAAGAGGAUCAGGUUUGUUUUUCAGCGAUUACAUAGAGAUUGAUUUCACUAUAUCUCAGUUCGGACGAUUCAGAUCACGCAGACUGUGUUGUCAGUUUUUGAUGAUGUUUCAUCUUGUUGUGACUGAGCGGACCAAAGUGUCUCUGAAGCCGAUGUACAGUACUGUAGGUAUGACGAAACACUGAACAGGAUGUAAACGACGGCACAUACUGUAUCUGAAUACAUGACUCAGCAGCUCUCUGUGGUUCUGCAAUUCUUUAACACCUACUUGUUACCAAAGAGGAAUCAUCUCCUGCAAAAAUAUGACGAAGUAGAAGACUGCCAUUAGACUGAAGCAGGUUAGAGGGUCUGACACUUUGUACCAAACAGAGUCCACAGAAACUGUUCUCACUGUACUGUUAAUGCCUCCAGUUGGUUUGAUGUUCUGUCUCUUUCUCUGUCUUGAUUAUUUUUUACAUGGACCAAUCCAAGUUUAAUCCAAGAGCAGCUAACUUCAGAAGGAUGCAGGGUUGUUACAGUUAAAGCCCCAGUGUGUAGGAUUCAGGGGGAUGUAUGGGAAGAAAUGGAAAAUAAUCUGAUAAGUCUGUUUCCUUUAGUGUAGAAUCACCUGAAAAUAAGAAUCAUUGUGUUUUUGUUACCUUAGAAUGACACGUCUGUAUCUACACAGGGAGCAGCUCCUUGUCUGCAGAGAUCACCAUGUUGCACUGUCACGUUUCUACAGAAGCCCAGAACAGACAAACCAAACACUAGCUCCACACAGGGUCAUUGGCAUUUUCUGCAUCAGCCACCAUAGUUCACAGCCCCUCCACAACAAGAGCAUUGGAAAAACACAGAUUUUUUUUAAUGUGAAACUGCUUUAUUCAGUGUUUUUACUGGUUUAAAUCAUCAGGGGUAUCAUUUAUAAAACAAUGCGUGGGAUCUACAUUGAAAACCUGCGGACAAAAGCCUAAAAUGAUGUGCGCCAAAAAAUAUUUGACCUUUCACCUCACCAUCUGUGUCUCCAAUUUCCUGUCUCCAAAAUGUUCGUAAGCACUGGUCAAACUUUCUUCCAUGAAGUCUGUUUUUAUUGAUCACAGCUUCUGCGUGGGAAGUGCUGACGCCUCGUUCAGGCCUCGUUUUGUGCAUAUGCAGUAUUUAAAAAUGAGACCCAUGUUCCGUUUGUUUUGAGAGGAAGAGACCUCUGAGGACAAUUCAGCUGAAUACUAACCGAAUCCAAAUCAGGAGUAGUUUCAGUCCUCACUGCUAGACACCACUAAAUCUCCCUAACUUCUACACUUAACUAAAGCCUCAAACUUGAUAUGAAAAAAAUUACUUAACUAAAAUAAAAACAAACUACACUUAAAGAAAAGAAAAAUACUGAAACGUUGCUGUGCGCUAACAGAACGAACUAUAUGAAAUUAAAAAUAUACAGGAAACGUCUUUAGUUUUAGUCUUUGUCAUCUUGGUCAAAUGUGUCAACACGACAAACAUGACAAGGCACUGGCACAUGUGGUUACUGAGACUGAGGCGUCUACAUGACUGAGUCAACUUCCACAAAGCGUUGUGUUUGUAUCGUCUUGUACAGUACCUCGCCCCUGACAAAUAAGCCCCACAUUACAGUAUACAAAAAUAGAAAAAUGGAAACUGAAACUAAUAAAACUAAACUUUUUUUAAGAAUAAAAAAUAAACUAAAACAAGCAAAGCCACCCUGGAAACUGACUGAAAAUAAACUGCACUAGGACCAAAAAUGAAAAACAAAUGAAAAAUGCAAAGCUUGAAUAACUCUGGUCGGAAGUGACAAAACGAUCUCCACUUGAUAUUUGUUUCCUCACUCUGACGCUUUCAACCUUCAUCAGCACAUGAAGUUUUCUUAGUUAUCAUAAAACUGUAAAUGUUUAAACUUUAACUUUCAUAAAUGAACAUUAAUUUUCUAGCCUGGUACCCAUGUCCUAGUUUACUGUCAGGCUUUUGAUUUAUUACUUGACUUUUGCAAAGAUUGGAAACUCUACUUUUCCAUCACGUUUGUCCUCUAAAAUAUGACUGGUGCCAUCAUAACUUCCUCCUCCUGUCAAAGGAAGAAUCCCACUGGACGCAUGUUGUGAAAGGCUGAGUAUUCAAGGCCAAAAUUUAAUUUACAUUGCUGGUGUAAGGUCAGGUCGGAUGAUUGACACAAAUCAUGUGACUCUUAUUUUAACCACGAUUGCAGUCCUUCUUUAACCUUAACAAAAGUCAUUUUAGUAAUGUAAACUUAGCCAAAACUUGACUAUAAAAGCGGCAGCGCAGAAAACAGUCACAUGGACCAUGUCAUGUAUGUGACUAGGUUUAAGCGUUUGUCUGCUCACUUGGGUUACAGAAAACUACUGGUCUGAUUUAAUAAAACUUGGUGAAAUGGUGAAGCAUGGGCGCAGGAAGGACCCAUUCAGUUUUGGAGCAGAUCAGAAUCACAGGACAGAUGCAGGAAUUAUUUUUCACUUCGCAUUAAACAACAUUCAUUCACAGCUUCCACAUCUGGACGACGUUAUCAGCUGCGCUAUCAGUACAAACAACUAUAACCGUGCUGACAGAGCUAACAGUGAUCGAUCAUACCACACUGCUGUAUGAGCACCGCUCUCCCUCACACAGUGCAGAGUGGCAGCAGUUAGCCUGCCAGUGAGGACGUUAAGUUUGCUGCUAAAUUGAUGUUCUUAAUGCCGUACAUUGCACCUUCAACAUUACAAGAUGAGGCUUUGGUGCUCUCUGAGUGUUCUUCUAGAUUGUAAUCAUUUUGGAAAACAGCAGAAACGAUUUUGCCCUUCAAUUAAGAGCAUCAGAUCAGAACAAGUUGGUCUGGAGGGCAAAGACAUAUGAUAGUUUUGAGGCUUGUUGAGGUCAGGAGAAGUGCUUUCUCACUCAAGUUAAAAAAAAAUGUAAACUAGCACAACUAGCGAUGUGUCCUCAGAUCAGUUUGUGCCACCUCAACUCGGUCUCCCUCUGAAAUCAAUGACUGGCUAGAGACGCUGACGAAAAAGCCAUCCUUUCACGUUGGCAUGAUACACCGCCGGUCGCUGUUAUUGUUUAAUGGUGCCUGGCAGUGUUAGGGGAAACAACAAUGGGACAACAAUGAAAGUUAAGAUGGCGGGUGUCCGAGGAGGGCGGGCAGGACGGGUGAUGGAUGGGUCCAACAAUCCGACUUUCACCCAGGAGGCUGGUGUUCGCUUCCUGUAUGAUUGUCAAGCCAAACCCUGUUAAUUCUUUCUAAACCCAACCAUGUGUGUUUGUUGUUGGAGGACAAAAACGUCAAGUUGCAGUGUUGUACUGACAUAGUGCUUUUAUUUUGAAAACAGCCAAUACAUGUAACAAGCUGAAGUUGUCACGGCGUCCCAGAACGUCAUCAACCAACGCAACCAGGGUCCUUACACGUCAUAUCUUGAUGUGGAAAGUCCGUGACCAAACAUCGACAUGUGACGAGGUCGGAGUGAGAAUGAGUUGGCCAACUAGAGCAAGUCCAUUUCCACUUUGUUUACAAUCACACCACUCUUAAAUUUCUCUUGGCGCUCAGUCUGAACCCACUUUUAUGUUUAAACUACAACAUUUCUUUUACAGCAUCUGCACACAAAGAGCUCAGUCAUUGUCAACUGGAAUUUGAAAACUGUUCUGAGUUCCAAACCAAAUUUACCACAGACCAGAGACCUGGAGCAUUUACAGUCAAACCAGAUCCACGACAGAGGUGGACCUGAGACCCGGUUCAGUGUCAUGUCAUCCCAAAUAUGUAUAAUAAAAGCUGAAUUUCGGGUCUUUAACGUCAAACAUGUAGCAUCUGUGACGUGUCAUUGUCACACCGACCCUGGUUUAAAGUGAAUUAGUACUUUGAUCUCACACCAGCCUUCAGGUGAAGUUCAGGUCUGAAGGGUUUCACUUCUCUCAUCAUGCUGCAGUAACUCUUUCCUGCACUUCUUGUAUUUUUUUUUCUCUGAAGAUUGUAAACCAAAUAUGCAACAAGGACUAUGCAACACAUGUAAUGUUACCUGAAUGUAAAUGCACUGCAAAUAAAGACUUUUCUUCA